UUGUUGUUGACAAUACAAAGCAAGGAAGAAUAAAAAUAUUAGUUUUGUCUGUUUUUUUUAGUAUGAGAAUCAAUAUGGUUAGUAAAAAUCGUAGAACUAGUAAGAAAAAUGACAAAUUAGAAGAAACCGAUAGACACAAAUGUUGGAUCUGUCCUGCAAAGUUUUUCGAUAACGAAGAGCAGUAUCACCAACAUACAGAGCAAAUUCACCAAGGUUAUCGCUUCCGUUGUGAGGAGUGCCAAGAAGAAACAUUAUUCAAAGACAUAGAUGCAGCCCGGGAUCAUGUAGACAGUUGUCAUGAUAUUAGAACACAGACGUGCCCAAAAUGCGAAAAGGAAUUCAAUUUCUACAAUCUAAGAAAGCACUUGCUUGAAAUCCAUCAGGAAAUUACUCAGUACAAAUGUGAAUUAUGCAGACAUCGUACGUUCGAACAUCGCAGCAGUUUUGAGGAUCACAUAUAUAGCAAGCAUCAAGGAUUUAGAGAAAAAUGUCCCAUCUGUCAUCGAAUGUUAAAAAGUAAGCUGAAAACGCAUAUUGAAUAUAUACAUUCAGAAGGCGUACCAAAAUGUAACAUUUGCAAUAAAGAAUACAGUAAUAAGUACAAGUUGAUAAGACAUUUGAAAUGUCACACAGAUCCUCGAGAACCGGGUGCAUCGGUUCGCUGUGAGCGAUGUAACGAAACUUUUGAGAGCAUGAUCAAACUCAAUUAUCAUAAGACCAAACAUCAAACCAAAAUUUACCAGUGCGAUAAAUGUUCAAAAAUGUUUUAUCGCAUCGGUGCUUUGGAUCAACAUCAGAAGACCCACGAGAAAUGAUAUUCUGUAAUAUUUGUUUAUUGAUAAAUUGAUAAAGUGAAGUAAAGACUUGGUAUUAUAUACCUGCGUAAAAUUUGACAACGUAUUAACGAUCAAGUUCAAAUGUGCGGAUGCGUUAAAGCACAAUUCUGGGGACUACCCGAAUCAGUCUGUAUAUACACAAACUUGUGUCAAAAAUAAGAUAGAUGAUAAAAAAGUUAUAUUGAGAGUAUUUGAAUGACAAGACAAGAAUAUUAACUCAAAACUAUAAUAA